AUGCCCAGCGGCAAGUGGUUCCGUCGACGGCCUCAGUCGCCUGUCACGCCAACGAUGCCCUCGCCUAUGGAGCACAAAUAUCCCCGUCCGUCAUGCUUGUCCCCUACCAAAAGCAGGAUGAAACCUCGUGACGAAGGCACAAAGGCAUCUGAAGUUUCUUAUUUUGAAUUCGCAGGCGAUUACGACGCGUUGGGAACCAAAUCGACAGACUCGUCUAGAGACGCCAAAGGAGAGUAUAUCGUCCCCAGCCGCCUAUCCACACCUACAAGAGACAGCGAAUAUUUCAACGACUAUGAAGCGUCAGUGACGAUUGUGGACACCGGAACAGGCUCUUUUGCUUCCAGCCGCCCUUUCAUCCCGAGGAAAGACAGUGAAAUAUUUGAUGACUAUGACUGGACGGCUACCGAAUCAUCAGUCACAUUCGACGGCACGAAAACAGAAUCCGUCGUCUCCAGCCGCCCGUCCACGUCCACCCCGACAAGAGAUAGUAAUGCCUUUUACCACCCUAACCAAGCGGCCGUGGAUGCCGACGGGGAACAGAAGCCCAUAUUCAGAAACAACAAGGACAGGUGGAACAACGUUCAGACACCGCUUCACCCGAGACCUACCACACCCGAGGCAGUUCCACUCCCAUCACUCAAUUUAUCGCCUCCGGAUCAGACAUGGCACUCUGUGGUCGCUGCAUGGCAAAUUAUGAGAUUCGCACAACUUUACGGGUUUGACCUUGCGUACCUGGCUCAUAUUUACAGGGAUGCGAGCAGCAGCCUCCCCCUACCGCUGUCCAAGUUUCAAACGCGUUAUAAACCCGUCACCGGUCAGCUCCUCGCAUCGUACGGGCUGCACCGACUGUCUUCACCAUUAAAGCUGCCAUUACAUGAGACACUAUUGCAAGACGAUUAUACAGAAUACAGACGAGAGCCGGCCGAUGCGAAUAAUUUAUCAUACGGCCAAAUUUACACUUUCUACCGGAGCGUCUACAACCCAUCCGGGUCGGUCCACCUAGACCAUCAUCCUUAUUUCAGCCUUGGUCAGUCUAAUAGACGAGUUGACCGGGGCCUAGUUUUCGCGGCAUAUCGCAGAGCACGCGAGGGCAAAGAGCUUUGCGUAGAGCUCGUGGAACAGUUUGUCAACGACGUCGUGGAUCUGUACUUGUCAAACGGGUUAAAGUCCUUGCUCCUCGAUCCCAGAUCUCAAGGGGCAGAAAUUCUAGGCACCACCGUAGGGUUAUAG